AUGUGUCUGCCCUGCUCUCUCUCUCGUCUCCCCCGCUCCCUCUCGUCUCCCUCGCAGUCUCUCUCGUCUCCCCCGCUCUCUCUCUCGUCUCCCCCGCGCUCUCUCUCGUCUCCCCUGCUCUCUCUCUCAUCUCCCCCGCUCUCUCUCUCGUCUCCCCCGCUCUCUCUCCUCUCCCCCGCUCUCUCUCAUCUCCCCCGCUCUCUCUCAUCUCCCCUGCCCUCUCUCUCGUCUCCCCCGCGCUCUCUCUCGUCUCCCCUGCUCUCUCUCUCAUCUCCCCCGCUCUCUCUCUCGUCUCCCCCGCUCUCUCUCUCGUCUCCCCCGCCCUCUCUCUCGUCUCCCCUGCUCUCUCUCCUCUCCCCUGCCCUCUCUCUCCUCUCCCCUGCUCUCUCUCCUCUCCCCUUCCCUCUCUCUCCUCUCCCCUGCUCUCUCUCCCCUCCCCUGCCCUCUCUCUCCUCUCCCCUGCCCUCUCUCUCCUCUCCCCUGCCCUCUCUCUCCUCUCCCCUGCCCUCUCUCUCCUCUCCCCUGCCCUCUCUCUCGUCUCCCCCGCGCUCUCUCUCGUCUCCCCCGCUCUCUCUCAUCUCCCCUGCCCUCUCUCUCGUCUCCCCCGCGCUCUCUCUCAUCUCCCCCCGCUCUCUCUCUCCUCUCCCCUGCCCUCUCUCUCGUCUCCCCUGCUCUCUCUCCUCUCCCCUGCUCUCUCUCCUCUCCCCUGCCCUCUCUCUCGUCUCCCCUGCUCUCUCUCCUCUCCCCUGCUCUCUCUCCUCUCCCCUGCCCUCUCUCUCGUCUCCCCUGCUCUCUCUCCUCUCCCCUGCUCUCUCUCCCCUCCCCUGCCCUCUCUCUCCUCUCCCCUGCCCUCUCUCUCCUCUCCCCUGCCCUCUCUCUCGUCUCCCCUGCCCUCUCUCUCUCUCCCCUGCCCUCUCUCUCCUCUCCCCUGCCCUCUCUCUCCUCUCCCCUGCCCUCUCUCUCGUCUCCCCCGCGCUCUCUCUCGUCUCCCCCGCUCUCUCUCAUCUCCCCUGCCCUCUCUCUCGUCUCCCCCGCGCUCUCUCUCAUCUCCCCCGCUCUCUCUCUCCUCUCCCCUGCCCUCUCUCUCGUCUCCCCUGCUCUCUCUCCUCUCCCCUGCCCUCUCUCUCGUCUCCCCUUCCCUCUCUCUCCUCUCCCCUGCUCUCUCUCCCCUCCCCUGCCCUCUCUCUCCUCUCCCCUGCCCUCUCUCUCCUCUCCCCUGCCCUCUCUCUCCUCUCCCCUGCCCUCUCUCUCCUCUCCCCUGCCCUCUCUCUCCUCUCCCCUGCCCUCUCUCUCGUCUCCCCCGCGCUCUCUCUCGUCUCCCCCGCUCUCUCUCAUCUCCCCUGCCCUCUCUCUCGUCUCCCCCGCGCUCUCUCUCAUCUCCCCCGCUCUCUCUCUCCUCUCCCCUGCCCUCUCUCUCGUCUCCCCUGCUCUCUCUCCUCUCCCCUGCUCUCUCUCCUCUCCCCUGCCCUCUCUCUCGUCUCCCCUGCUCUCUCUCCUCUCCCCUGCUCUCUCUCCUCUCCCCUGCUCUCUCUCCUCUCCCCUGCCCUCUCUCUCCUCUCCCCUGCCCUCUCUCUCCUCUCCCCUGCUCUCUCUCCUCUCCCCUGCCCUCUCUCUCCUCUCCCCUGCCCUCUCUCUCCUCUCCCCUGCCCUCUCUCUUCUCUCCCCUGCCCUCUCUCUCCUCUCCCCUGCCCUCUGCGGCUUGUUCUCCGCAAAUCUAACCUGUCUCCGAACCUCCCAAUGACAGCCCUGACCCUGAGAAACACUGUUCCCACUGACUCUGUGCAAAGUGUCUAA